AUGUUGUUUAGGGAGUCGGCGAGCAGUACGAGCUCCUCCAUGGACCCGGAGGAUUUUUCUUCGAGCACUGACAGCGUUGCCAGCUCGGUAUCCCACGCCACACGCGCCUUUGAGAAUAGGAUGAAGCUUCUCUUGGAGGGAACUCCCAUCAUCGACAUGGACUUCCACCAUGACGACGACGACGACAGGUUACCCAAUGCGCUAGAGGCUGGCCACAACGCCCCCGUUGNGGACUUCCACCAUGACGACGACGACGACAGGUUACCCAAUGCGCUAGAGGCUGGCCACAACGCCCCCGUUGCGGCGAGGGACAUGGCAGGCAACGUCGCCAGUGAUGCGCCGGAGAUGGGACAGGUGUCUUGCAUCAACUGCGACGACGAGGAGGACUGGGGCUUGCUGAUGCGUCGGCUAGACAAUAUGGUGCAGCUCGACACACAGUUCCACGAGUACCCGCCGCCCGAGUACUUCAAGGCGUAUCCCCCGCAGCAGGCACUUGCAGACGAGCAGAGUGGGGAUGGAGGAAGCACGUCGAGCCAUCACCAUGGAACAAAGAUGUUCAUUGGAGGCCUGCGAUUCGAAGUUGUGCAGGUCGGUAGGCACAUGAUUAGCUGGAUAUUCGAGGUGGCAUGCGGCGUGCGGCUGCCGCCCAACUCCAUUCUAGUGCACCGAAAGGCCAAAGGAGGGAGGAGCAGCUCGCCAACCGGCUGCGCGUCGGUAUUCGUGGGUAGCGAACAGGACGUGGAGCGUUUGCUGGCGCUGAACCAACGCAUCUUCUGUGGAGAGAAGGGCGUCCAUGUGGCGCCUACCGCUGCACGAAUGACGGAGCUUAUCGCCUCCAAAGCCAUUCUUGACGUCACAGACGGACGCGCACGCGGGCCGACUCACCCCGUCAUCAUUGAGCGGGCCUACGGCUCGGCGGGUCAUCACGGCACGCGUAGCAGCAGGGGUGCCACACCACACCAGGAGCACAUGCCGUCUGGGAUGCCACCACCACCGUACGAUGCAAACUCGUUAAGCCAGCCACUGGGGGCAUCACCCGCGCAGGUGUGUAGCAGUGCAUCGUCGGUGCGGAGCAGUAUGUCCAUCUCCAUAGGCAUGAACAGUGCAACGACGAGUGGCGCCGUUGCGCCGAGCCGACCACCGCUGCUCUCGCCAGCCGUUGAUCCUGUGUAUCAUCAGUUUCCGGGCGACGCGGCAGCGAGCCAAAUGCUCCAGCACGCUGCUUUAGAGUUGCAGUGUCCUGCCCACCUCUUCGUUGGGGGCUUUGCCUCCGAGGCCACACGGGAGUUCGUAGCGUGGGUCUUCUCACUCAUGAGCGUCUCCGUGCAUCCCAGCAACGUCGCACUCUACACAGACGCCCAGGCGAAGGAAAAGGGCGUCUGCGUCACUGUGCGAGUUGAGGGGUCAGAGGUAAGCAAGGCAACGGCCUGGACGAAGCGCGUCCUGUGUGAUGCGCGUGGGGUAUACUUCGUUGGCUCACAGCGCGGCGUCCUCUCGCUGCUGGCAAAUCGCGACAAGGCGGCGGGGCCGGCGCGGCCGCUUGUUAUCAAACGCAAGGACGCCGCGCGUAGCGCCAACAAGGCGGCUGCCG